GUCCGACACGCAUCAACCUUGCUGCGAACAAUUACAGGCGUACUUUUCUCCUUCACCUACGCCACAAGGUUGGCGUCCAUGAUAAGGUGAAGGAUACGAUAGCAUCUUUAUGGGUUUGUUUGUUUUUUUACUUCUUUUCCUGUUCACUACGCACGAGUACGUUAAUCUCCAGUUAAGAAGCCUUUUUCAUCGCGCUUCUCCCGUCGCUGAAAGAUCCAUCGCAUUGUGAACUCCCCUUGUGUAGCUCACACGUCUGAAGACAGAAAAGAAACUCAACUUGGUGUGUGUGUGUUCUGACAUCAGCUACUCAUCCAUCUUACGAUCGCGCAUGGUCUUUUUUUUUGUCUUUUUAAAGCCGAACAUUUAUCGAAGAAGAUCGAAGCGUGUAGAUGCCGCGUCGUGUUACUACUGUCGUCGUCUGCGGCCCAUCCGGUGUGGGAAAGACAACGAUUGGUCAGCUUCUCGCGGCCGAAUUCCACUGCCCGUUCGCGGAAGGCGACGACUAUCACAGCGCUGAAAAUGUGGAAAAGAUGCGGGCGGGUCUCCCGCUGACAGACGAGGACCGUGCGCCGUGGCUGCACCGACUGUUUAAUGAAGUCGUGGCGCCAAACAACGGCAAAGACGGGGUGGCCGUCGUACUGGCGUGCUCGGCCCUGCGACGCUGCUACCGCGACCUCCUGCGCGGCGCUGACCGCUGCCACUCUGCUGCGGAGAGUGCAAAGCAACUGGCGGAGACGGAGGUGUUUUUCCUGCUCUUAAGCGGGGACGCGAGCGUCGUGGCGGCGCGGCUGGCGGCCCGCAAAGGGCACUACAUGCCCCCCUCCUUGCUGGGCUCACAGCUGGCUACGUUGGAGGCGUUGGCGCCAGACGAGCUCGGUGCCACGGCUAACUUUUCCGACCCGCCGUCGGUCAUUGCGAUGAAGGCGGCGGAACUGGUGCGUGUGGCGAUUGCGCCGUCAUACUUGUAA